GAAGAAGAGCACUGAUCCACUUCCUGUUCACAUAACCGCCUCUUCUUCACUAGAGAACACAGCCCUCUCUUCUUCACCGCAGCAGAUCAACAUGUCGGGGCUCCUGAGGACCAUCGCUAGCCGAGCUGCUCCUGUCCUGCGGGGACACACCGUCACCCAGAGGGCGAACAUCUACGCCGGCCCGGCCAAGGAGAAGAUCGGCACAGUGGAAACCAUCAUUGGAUUGAGCAUGUUCUCCCUGGCCAUUCUGGGACCAGCUGGAUGGAUCCUGGCCCACUUGGAGGACUACAAGCAGAAAGACUAAAGUGGACAUUUUAACAGUCUCAUACCAGUUCCACUCCACUCCCCAGAGAGAAACCAGCUCUUUCCAAACUCUGACUGUGAUACAUUGAAAAUUGUAUUGUGGAUCUUCCCUCUUAAACCGCAUGUUACAAGAUAAAAUUUUAAACACCACUA